CCUCAAAUGAUCUGAGUCUCCUUUCUAGUUUUUCAACAUACGCCAGUUUAAUCCUAAUCCUCAACUGAACCUCCCUUUUAAUGACUUUCUGCAUGUUUUAGAGGAAUCCAAAUUCCGGCCAUAGCAAAUAUAUGGCUUGAUGGCUUCUACAUCUUCUGUUACUACUUCACAAUCAAUCCAGAGAUGGACUUAUGAUGUUUUCUUGAGCUUCAGAGGGCCAGAUACUCGGAAGACUUUUGUAGAUUGCCUUUUUACUUGGUUAGAUCUGAAAGGAAUUCGUACCUUCAAAGAUGAUAAUCGACUGGAGAAAGGAGACUGUAUCUCUCCGAGUCUACUGAAAGCUAUUCGAGAGUCAAGAUUUUUGAUCGCAAUCUUCUCCAAAGGCUAUGCAUCGUCAAAAUGGUGUUUGGAAGAACUUGCAACCAUCAUGGAAUGCCAAGAGAAGUUCAAGGAGCAAAUUGUAGUGCCAAUUUUUUACGACGUGGAGCCUUCAGAUGUCCGGAAUCAAAAAGGAAGUUUCGAAGAUUCGUUCAAGGAACUUGAACAAAUUUUCAAGGAUGAUGAGGAGAAGAUAAGAAGAUGGAAGGAAGCGCUGAAAAAGGCGGGCUAUCUCAAAGGGCAUCAUUUGCAGAAUGACUAUUACGGGUAUGUAGGAAAAUGUAUCGAAGAAGUUACCGCCGACAUACUUGUUCGAUUGAAUCAAUCCAAUGAAGCCUUGCUAGACCAUGAAAAGAACUUAGUGGGGAUGGAAUCUAGAGUUGACAUUAUAGGUGACUUGUUGAGAUUGGAAUCUAAUGAUAUUCGAUUCAUUGGCAUUUGUGGUAUGGGAGGUAUCGGUAAGACAACAAUUGCCAUGGUUGCUUUUAACAAGUUUUCGAGCCAGUUUGGUGGAGCUUGCUUUCUUGAGAAUAUCAGUGUAAAGAAAGGUAAUAUUAUUGAAUUGCAAAAGACCCUUAUACAAACAAUCCUAAAUGAAAGAUCACCAGUAGAUAUAAGAUAUGUGGAUGAAGGAAUAAAGAUGAUCAAGAAAAGGCUGUCAGGGAAAAAGGUUUUGAUUGUUCUGGAUGAUGUAGACAAUCCACUGGAGCAGUUAGAGAAAUUAGCUGGAGGGCAUGAUUGGUUUGGUGAGGGUAGUAGAGUCAUUAUAACCACAAAAGAUAGAGCAGUAUUGCGUUCCCAUAGAGUUGAUGAGAAGUAUAUAUAUGAUGUUGAUACAUUGGUAGACCAGGAAGCUAUUCAACUUUUUAGUUUGUAUGCGUUCGGAAAAAAAUUUCCUGAUACUGGUUAUGAACAACUUUCACUAUCAAUUGUGUGUUAUGCUAUGGGUCUUCCAUUAGCUCUUAAAGUUUUGGGGUCUUCUCUUUAUGAACUAACGGUGGCUGAUUGGGAAAGCACUUUAAAGCAACUCGAGGACACCGGCCAAAAUGAUAUUGAUGCAAGGCUUAAGAUAAGUUAUGAUAGACUAGAUUCCAAAAAUAAAGAAAUGUUUUUGCAUAUUGCAUGUUUUUUCAGAAACCGGAGGGAAGAAGAUGUAAAAGAUGUGCUUGAAAGUGAUACACGCUUGCUCAUUGAAAGAUGUCUUUUAUCAGUCAAAAAUGGAAAAUUUGAGAUGCAUGAUCUAAUCCAAAAAAUGGGUUGGCGUAUUGCAAGACAGGAGAAACGUAGGAGAAGGAUAUGGCAGCUCGAGGAUGUUAAUGAUGUGCUAAGGGGAAAUUUGAAGUCUAAACACAUUGAGGGAUUUUUAUCCCCCUCCACAGACAAAUGGAACAAUGAUGAUGAUGAGAAUAUUAAACUUGCCAUUGAAUCUUUCAAGCAUAUGAAAAAAUUGAAGAUACUCAUAGUUGAUGGUGAUGUCAAAAUUUUCCGUGAUAUGGAUAAUUAUCUUUGUAGCAGUGAACUGAGGUGGCUUGAUUUCAAGAAUUAUGGUUUCACUUCAUUACAGAUAACUAAGAACUUUGACAAACUGGCCUAUUUAGAUCUCAGUGAAUCCUACUCUUUGUUAGAAAGCCCGAAUUUUGCUAGGAUGCCAAAUUUGAAGAGAUUAAACCUUUCAUAUUGUCCGAAAUUAAAAGACAUCCACUCAUCAGUUGGAAAUCUUAGGAGGCUUGUUUCAUUGGAUUUAAGAGGAUGCUUUGACCUUGAGAAUCUUCCCAGCUUCAAUCAAGUUUCAUCUCUCAAGUUCCUUGAUCUUCGGUAUUGCCAAAAUUUAAAAAAUUUUCCCGAAAUCAAAACAAGCAUGCUAGAUUUGGUGGAGUUGGAUUUAGAAGAAGUUUGGAUUAAAGAACUCCCCUCAUCGAUUCAACAACUACGUGGCCUCACUAAGCUAUGUUUGAUUAGAUGUCAAAAUCUGGUAUGCCUUUCUAACGGCUUAUGUGAGCUGGAAAAUCUUAAAGUUCUGAAGGUUACAUGCUGCAGUAGAAUAGAGUCAUUGCCACUCAAUGGCUUAACUUCGUUGAAAUAUUUGAAUCUUCAAGGAAGUGGUUUUGUGAGUUUACCUAAAAGCUUCAGUGAACUUUGUAAUCUUCAAUACCUUGACAUCACAAGUUGUCGAAACCUUGAAAAGCUACCAAAACUCCCUGCAAGUAUGAAGGAACUUUAUGUAGAUUGUCAUUUUGGCUUUCAAAGCAACAUAUUUGAGCUAGCAAUCCAGUGUUCGGAAUUAUAUUCCAUCUCAUUCUAUUGUGAGGAUCAGUUUGAAGUUGGAGCUUCUUUAGCAAUGAAGUUCAUUCCUUUUCCACUUUAUAGAAAGAAUCCUUUCAGUUUUAGCUAUCCUAUACCUAAGGCUGAUAUCUUGAGAUCAUUCAAAUAUCGACGUUAUGGGGCACAUAAUGGAAUCUCCAUUGAUCUUAGUACCUCUUGGUAUAGUAAAAACUUUUGGGGAUUUGCUAUAUGUUUUCGCCCUUUAACUGGAGAUAUGUGGAGACCACACUCAUACCAAGAGAUUGAUGGUCAUUUGGAGCAUUGUGUGAUCAUAGUCAAACUAUCACACAGAGAUAAUAAAAAUGAAGUUCUUCAAAGAGAAUGUGUGAUUGUUGGAUCAAAAGAUUUAGGGUUCUACAUUGAUGGACACAUGUGCUUUGUCAACAUACCAUUUACUAGUUUGUGGGAUGGAUCUAAAACCACAAUGGAUGGUGUAACCCCGAAUGAUUAUUCAAGAUUUGAGGUGGCAUUUGUCAAUCUGGAAGCUUCAGCAUAUUAUUGGGGUUGUAGCUUGUUAUAUCAUGAAAGGAAGAAAAAUAAGAACAAGAAAUGCAUCUCAAUCUCGAGGGUCUCUUAUGAAGCUCUGGAAAAGGAGGUAAAUCAUGAGAUAUGCAUCAAUGGUUUACAAGUCCCCCAAAAUGUUUGUACAUUGAUGCCUGCAAUAGGACCAAUUACAUGCCUUGGGUCAAUUACAUGCAAUACCUUGGUACAAAUUGAGGACUAUACCAAUUUCAUGUGGGCAAAUCUAGCAAGUUGGGAUGGCAAUUUUCUAGGACACACAACUGAAUUUGGGCAUUUAACUGAAUGCAUCAGCAGACUCCAUCACUAUCAUUACCUUGACUGCACCAACGAUUUCAGAAGAUGUGAAAGGAAACAUCAACUCCCAGCUAAUAUAAAGGAACUAUAUGCAUGUCAUACGAUGGCCUCCGAGAGCAACAUAGCUGAGCUAGCAAUCAAGUAUUCAGAAUUAUAUUCUGUCUCAUUCUCUCAUGGAUUUGUAACUCUUUCUGCUGCAGUGUUAACUGAGGAGUUUCGUCGUAUUACUGACCUUCUAAAUAGAAACACUCCUUUCACUGUCACCUACACUACUACUGACAAGCAGCCCGAUAUUAAUAUGAGAUGGUUCAAAUAUUCAUCUCAUGCUUCAAAUAAGGUCUCCAUUGAUCUUAAUCCCACAUGGUAUAAUCAGAACUUUAUGGGAUUUGUUGUAUGCUUUUUAUUUUCAGGAAGAGAGAUAUGGGAAUCAGAUCCAGACAUUCAUCCUUUCAGGCAUUGUGAGAUCAUAGCCAAAUUGGCACAUGGAAAUAAAGUUGUUCAAAAAAAAUGUAUGAUUGGUAGACUAUAUAAUGAAGAAUUCGAUUUCACCUUUGGUGAUUGGCGCCUCAUGUGCUUUGCCUACAUACCAUUUCGUAGUCUGUGGAAUGAAUCUAAGAGUAUCAUGGAUAAUGGUACCCCUAAUGAUUAUUUGAUAUUUGAGGUGACAUUUCUAGAUUUGGAUGUUUCAACAGAUUGGAGUUGUGAUUUGUUAUAUACAACUGAGGAUACAACUGAAGAAAUAAGGCGUAAAUGGGAACAAGAACAUGCCGAUAGUAGUGAUUCAGGCAUUGACAGAACCAAACUUUGGCAGUUGACUAAAAUUGUACAUCUAUCUCAAAGGGAAAUGGUGUCCAUGCUAGAGUGCUCUAAUACAAAGGUUGUCCAACUUCUUUAUACAAACUUUGGCGUUGGCAUCUUGGCACUUAGUUCAAAUGGUAUUCUAAAAUUAUGGAAAUGUUCCCACGACAAUCAAAAUCCAAACGGAAAGCAUUGGCAACCAAACAGUGGUUCUUCUAUGACUGACAAUGGGGAAGCAAUUCCUUUCAUGGCCCUCUCCGGGGAUGACUCUUAUGUUGUGUCAGCUAGUGGUGGAAAUGUUUCAUUGUUUAAUAUCAUGGAAUUUAAGGUAAUGAAAACAUUCACAUGGCUGCAAUCUGCAUCAACUUUCUUAGCUUUCCAUCCUCAUGAUAACAACACUAUUGCAAUUGGUACUGAGGAUUCAACCAUAUAUAUUUGGGAUGUAAGGGAUGAUAAGGCUAAGCCACUUCAAGGCCAUUUGAAACGUAUAACUGGUUUAGCAUUCUCUACAAACUGUAACAUCCUGGUUUCAUCGGGUGCUGUUGCCCAGCUUUGUGUGUGGAGCAUUGAUACAUGGCAACAUAGAAUAUCAGUUCUCAUCAAGUUCCGCGGUAAAGUACAUAAAGGUGACACACAAGUGAUGUUUCAUGCUGACCAAGUCCGCUUACUCGUUACACAUGAAACUCAAUUGGCAAUAUAUGAUGUGUCCAAGAUGGAACGCAUACAACGGUGGAUCCCACAUGGUUCCCUUUCUGCACCAAUCUCUUCUGCUACAUACUCUUGCAAUAGCCAACUAGUUUAUGCAUCUUUUAUUGAUGGCAAUAUUGGAGUUCUUGAUGCUGAUACCCUAAGACUUAGAUGUCAUAUUGCUCCAUCAGCUUAUUUAUCUCAGGUUGUAUUGAAUAGAAGUGAGGCUGCAUUUCCAGUUGUGGUUGCAGCGCAUCCACAGGAACCCAUCCAAUUUGCAGUUGGAUUGACAAAUGGAUCUGUUAAAGUCAUUCAACUAUUGAAUUCCGAAGUGAAGCUAUUGAAAUCCAAAGUUAAGCGGGAAUUAUCUUUGCCUGUGGAUAAUGACGUUUCAAAUGCAGAGGAUCGACAUGGCUUCGGCAAAGUUAUAUUUGAUGAUGAUGUAGAUAGUGACGAUGAAGUGUCAAAUGAUGAAGAAAGUGAUGAAGAAUUUCCUAUUGAAGAACAUGUUCAAGAAUUGAACAUUAGAGAAAGACUCUCAGGUAUGGAGUCAACCAUUGCAAUGCCCGACGUCAUCACUAGAAUGGUUGUGGAUUUGCUGUACGACUUCCUGCAGGAACUAAGAGCAGAGUUGGGUAUGGAGAAGGAGAUAGAAAAUCUCUCAUCAAAGCUCAACAAAAUCAGGGAGGUGUUGGAUGAUGCAGAGAGGAGAAGCUUCAAGGAAAAGCACGUCAAGCUCUGGCUCCAAGACAUUCAAGGCUUCUGCUAUGAUGUGGAAGAUGUUCUGGACGAGUGGCGCAUUACAACUCACAAACAACAGAUCGAGAAGUCCGAGGAUGGAGCUCCAGAAAUUCGAAGAAAGAUAAGUAGCUUUUUGUAUCACCCUAUCAAAAGGGUUGUUGACUUUGUUCAGCGUCCAGAGGUUCCAGACAUCACCAAUAAAAUAAAGGAACUUGAUUCCAGACUUGGUCAGAUUAUGAAAGACAAAGAUGUGUACAAUUUUGUUGCUGUAACACACACUACACACAUUUCUGGUCAAGAAUCCAAGGGAGUGCCCACUACUUCGUUCGUGGAUGCAUCACAGAUUCAAGGUCGGGAUAUUGAUGCCAGUGCUUUAAUAAGCAAGUUGGUGGAGAAUAAUAAUAAUAAUAAUGGUCCCCCUGUCGUCAUUUCCAUAGUGGGUGCAGGAGGGAUUGGAAAAACUACACUUGCUCAAUUAGUCUAUAACGAUGAACAGAUAAAGGUUCAUUUUGAUGAAAGGAUGUGGGUUUGUGUUUCACACCCUUUCGACCAGAUCAAGAUUGCAAAAGCCAUUGUUGAGUCAACCACUGAAAGCUCCGCAAAUCUGUCUGAACUGGAAGUAUUACUGAAAAAAAUCCAAAACACUUUAUCUCAUAAAAGGUUCCUAAUUGUGUUGGAUGAUGUGUGGACAGAGGAGGAUGCAAUGUGGGCGCCAUUUAAGAACUGCCUCAAGGUUGGACUCCCCGGCAGUAGAAUCUUGGUGACCUCAAGGAGUGAGAGGGUUGCAAGAAUGAUGGCAAGUGAGUAUCAGCAUCGGGUGGAGCUAAUAUCCGACACAGAUGCUUGGUUGUUGCUUAGCAGGAUCGCAUUUUCUGGGAGAAGGGAUGACGCUUAUUCUGAGAAACUGAAAGAUGUUGGUCAAAAAAUUGCUCAAAAGUGUCAAGGACUGCCACUUGCUGUUAAGGUCAUGGGAAGCCUGCUACGUUGCAAAGAUACCGAGGAGGAAUGGCAAGAUGUUUUAUCUAAGCUGGAUACUAAGGUUUGGGAGUUGGAGCAAGUGGGAACACAUCUCUAUCCUCACUUGUAUCUAAGCUAUGAUGAUCUAACCCCACAGAUGAAGAGAUGUUUCUCAUAUUGUGCUAUCUUUCCCAAGGAUUAUACAAUAGGUGUAGAUGAGCUCAUCAAAAUUUGGAUGGCACAAGGUUAUCUCACAACAACAAAGGGAACUAGUGAUCAGAAUCAGAUGGAACUAAAAGGUCGGGAGGUUUUUGAGAGUUUAGCAAUGCGAUCUUUGUUCCAAAAUUUGGAGAAAGAUGAAAUGGAUUUUGCCAAGAAAGUUGACAGGGAUCCCAACAUAGUGCAUGACAUAGUGCAUGAUUUUGUCAAGUUUCUUACCAAAAAUGAAUACGACAGUGUUGGCGGGCAUGAGAAAAAUAAAAAUCUACGUCAUUUGUCAUGGCGGAAAACCAGAGGGCCUAUGAAUCCUGCUUCUAUUUGUGAUAUUGGAAAACUUCGCAGCUUUUAUGCUGAAAACCUUUCUCCAGAACAACUUUCUCAGGAUUUGUUCAAAGGUUUGAAGUCUGUGAGAGUAUUACGAUUGCAUGGGUGCACGUUGCAGAAACUCCCAAAGAAGAUAGGAGAUUUGUUUCAUCUGAGGUACAUUGAUUUAUCUUGCAGCAAAGUAGAGGAGUUACCUGAUUCCAUUUGUUCUUUGGUUAAUUUGCAAACUCUAGAUCUUGAAGGUUGUGAGUGUCUUUCUAGACUACCUGAGAGGAUUGGAAAUUUGCGUCACCUAAGGUACAUUGAUUUAAGUUGGAGCAAAGUAGAAGACUUACCUGAUUCAAUUUGCUCUUUGGAUAAUUUGCGAACUCUAGAUCUUGGAGGUUGUGAGUGUCUUUCUAGACUACCUAAGAGGAUCGAAAAUUUGCGUAACCUAAGUUACAUUGAUUUAACUUUGAGCAAAAUAGAAGAAUUACCUGAUUCAAUUUGCUUUUUAGAUAAUUUGCAAACUCUAUAUCUUAGAGAAUGUGAAUGUCUUUCUAGACUACCUGAAGGGAUUGGAAAUUUGCGUCAAUUAAGGUUGAUUGAUUUAAGAGGCUGCAAACUAGAGGAGUUACCUGAUUCAAUUUGCUCUUUGGAUAACUUGCAAACUCUAUUUCUUGGAGGAUUUGAAAGUCUUUCUAGACUACCUGAAAGGAUUGGAAAUUUGCGUCAAUUAAGGUUGAUUGAAUUAAGAGAUUGCAAAGUAGAGGAGUUACCUGAUUCAAUUUGUUCUUUGGAUAAUUUGCAAACUCUAGAUCUUGGAGGUUGUGAUUGUCUUUCUACACUACCUAAGAGCAUUGGAAAUUUGUGUAACUUAAGUUACAUUGAUUUAACUUUGAGCAAAAUAGAAGAGUUACCUGAUUCAAUUUGCUUUUUGUAUAACUUGCAAACUCUAUGUCUUAGAGAAUGUGAAUGCCUUUCUAGACUACCUAAAGGGAUUGAAAAUUUGCGUCAAUUAAGGUUGAUUGACUUAAGAGGCUGCAAAGUAGAGGAGUUACCUGAUUCAAUUUGCUCUUUGGAUAACUUGCAAACUCUAUUUCUUGGAGGAUGUGAAAAUCUUUCUAGACUACCUGAAAGGAUUGGAAAUUUGUGUCAAUUAAGGUUGAUUGAAUUAAGAGAAUGCAAAGUAGAGGAGUUACCUGAUUCAAUUUGUUCUAUGGAUAAUUUGCAAACUCUAGAUCUUGGAGGUUGUGAUUGUCUUUCUAGACUACCCAAGAAGAUUGGAAAUUUGCGUAACUUAAGUUACAUUGAUUUAACUUUGAGCAAAAUAGAAGAGUUACCUGAUUCAAUUUGCUUUUUGGAUAACUUGCAAACUCUAUGUCUUAGAGAAUGUGAAUGUCUUUCUAGACUACCUGAAGGGAUUGGAAAUCUGGGUCAAUUAAGGUCGAUUAAUUUAAGAGGCUGCAAAAAAGUAGAGGAGUUACCGGAUUCAAUUUGCUCUUUGGAUAACUUGCAAACUCUACGACUUGGAGGAUGUGAAUGUCUUUCUAGACUACCUGAAAGAAUUGGAAAUUUGCAUCAAUUACGGUUCAUAGGUUUAAGAUACCUCAAAGUUGAGGAAUUACCUGAUUCAAUUUGCUCUUUGGAUAACUUGCAAUCUCUAUGGCUUAGAGGAUGUGAAUGUCUUUCUAGACUACCUGAAGGGAUUGGAAAUUUGCGUCAAUUAAGGUUGAUUGAAUUAAGAGACUGCAAAAUAGAGGAGUUACCUGAUUCAAUUUGCUCUUUGAAUAACUUGAAAACUCUAGAUCUUAAAGGAUGUGAAUAUCUUUCUAGACUCCCUGAAGGUAUUGAGAAUAUGCAUCAGUUACGGUUGAUUGAUUUAAGAGGGUGUAAAGUAGAGUUACCUGAUUCAAUUUACUCUUUGAACAACUUGGAAAUUCGAGAUGGUGAACUGAGCGAUCUAUCAGAAUAA